UCCGAGAAGCUCCAGCGCGGCCGAGCAGGAGAGAGCGGCGGUGAAUGUCUGCGGCAGCGUUUAUCGUUAUAAAAAACUACGGCUGAAGAAAGGAGGACCGGACCCCGCUGCAUUGACAGACGACCUCGACAGACCCAUGGACUAUGAUAAAUCCUGAACGGAGGCUGGUAACGGGGCGCUGUUUGACGACAGGCGGUUUAUUAAACAUCUGUAGACCAUAAUGAGGGCAUCCGCUAUUCUUUACGCCGUUUUUCCCUGCGAGGUUUAACCCGACGCGCAGUGACACUAUUUAUAAACGCGUCGCGAAGGGGAACGUAGCCCGCAGAAAUUCAGUUUAUUCCCCCCGUGACCCCCUCCCCGGCGAACAGCGAAGUCAUUCGAGAAGACGCGUCUUAAUCAUCUCGAUACUUCAUCACAGUUCCGCGAGCUAAAAAAAAAAAAAAAAAAAGAGAAGAAAAUCGGCAUUCCGCUUCCAUCGGCUCUCGCCAGACUCCCACUGCUUCCCCCAUCUUCUUCUUCUUCUCCUCCUCCUCCUUCUUCUUCUUCUUCUUCUUCUUCUUCUUCUGUGUUUUUAAAUCGUACAUGUUUUUGGCUUUCUGAGCAUUCAUCGCCAACCCUCCCGUGGGCAUCCCCCCCCCCCCACCCCACACCCUCCCACCCCCGUCCCUCACCUCCCCUACACCCCCCUCCACCACCACCACCACCACCACCACCCUCCUCCUGCACCUCUCCCUGCCCGCCUCCCCGGUUAAAGGAUGCCGGAUCAAAUAUCGGUGUCCGAGUUUCUCUCGGAGACGACAGAGGAUUACAAUUCCCCCACCACGUCCAGCUUCACCACCCGGCUGCAGAGCUGCAGGAACUCCGUGAAUGUGCUGGAAGAGGCGUUGGAUCAGGACCGAACGUCCCUGCAGAAGGUGAAGAAAUCUGUGAAGGCCAUCUACAGCUCAGGACAAGACCACGUCCAGAAUGAGGAGAACUACGCUCAGGCGCUGGACAAAUUUGGCGGCAACUUCAUCAGCCGGGACAACCCGGACCUGGGAACGGCUUUCGUCAAGUUCUCCUCCCUCACCAAGGAGCUGUCCGCCCUGCUGAAGAACCUGCUCCAGAGCCUCAGCCACAAUGUGAUCUUCACUCUGGACUCGCUGCUGAAGGGCGAUUUGAAAGGCGUGAAAGGGGACAUAAAGAAGCCCUUCGACAAAGCGUGGAAGGACUACGAGGCCAAGUUCACGAAGAUCGAGAAGGAGAAGCGAGAGCACGCCAAGCAGCACGGGAUGAUCCGCACCGAGAUCACCGGGGCGGAAAUCGCCGAGGAGAUGGAGAAGGAGAGGCGUCUCUUCCAGCUCCAGAUGUGCGAGUACCUCAUCAAAGUAAAUGAGAUCAAGACCAAGAAAGGAGGGGCCCUGCUCCAGAACCUGAUUAAGUAUUACCACGCGCAGUGCAAUUUCUUCCAAGAUGGCCUGAAGACUGCAGAUAAGCUGAAGCAGUACAUCGAGAAGCUGGCGGCGGAUCUCUACAAUAUCAAACAGACUCAGGAUGAGGAGAAGAAGCAGCUGACCGCCCUGCGGGACCUGAUCAAGUCCUCCCUCCAGCUGGACCAGAAGGAGUCUAGAAGAGACUCGCAGAGUAAGCAGGGGGGCUACAGCAUGCACCAGCUGCAGGGAAACAAGGAGUUUGGCUGCGAGAAGAAAGGCUACCUGCUGAAGAAGAGCGACGGGCUGAGGAAGGUGUGGCAGAGGAGGCAGUGCUCCGUGAAGGGGGGCAUGCUCACCAUCUCUCAUGCCACAUCCAACAGGCAGCCGGUCAAACUCAACCUGCUCACCUGCCAGGUCAAGCCCAGUACCGAGGACAGGAAGUGCUUUGAUCUCAUUUCCCAUAACCGGACAUAUCAUUUCCAAGCCGAGGAUGAGCAGGAGUUUGUCAUCUGGAUCUCGGUGCUGACCAACAGCAAGGAGGAGGCCCUGAACAUGGCGUUUCGCGGCGAGCAGAGCAGCGGCGGCGAGGACGGUCUGGAGGAUCUGACCAAAGCCAUCAUAGAAGACGUGCUGCGCAUGCCGGGCAACGAGGUCUGCUGCGACUGUGGCGCUUCAGAUCCUAAGUGGCUGUCCACCAACCUGGGGAUCCUGACCUGCAUCGAGUGCUCCGGCAUCCACCGAGAGAUGGGAGUCCACAUCUCCCGCAUCCAGUCCAUGGAGCUCGACAAGCUAGGAACUUCAGAACUCUUGCUGGCCAAGAACGUGGGGAACAGUAGUUUCAAUGAGAUCAUGGAGGGGAACCUCACUUCCCCUACACCGAAGCCCACUCCAUCCAGUGACAUGACCGUGAGGAAGGAGUUCAUCAACGCCAAGUAUGUGGACCACAGGUAUGCGAGGAAGACGUGCACGUCCGCGUCCGCUAAGAUGAUCGAGCUGUUUGAGGCGGUCGAGUCCAGGGACCUGCUGUCCCUCAUCCAGGUCUACGCUGAGGGGGUUGAACUCAUGGAGCCGCUCCCAGAGGUCGGACAGGAAUCCGGAGAGACGGCACUGCACUACUCCGUACGGACUGCUGACCAGACCUCCCUGCACUUGGUGGACUUCCUUGUGCAGAACAGCGGUAACCUGGAUAAGCAGACGGAGUGGGGCAACACGGCCCUUCAUUACUGCAGCAUGUACGAGAAGCCCGAGUGCCUGAAGUUGCUCCUGAGGGGGAAGCCGGCCACCGAUAUCACCAAUCAGAACGGAGAGACGGCGCUGGAUGUUGCUAGGCGACUGAGGAACACACAGUGUGAGGAGGCACUGGUGCAGGCCGCAGAGGGGAAGUUCAACCCCCACAUCCACGUGGAGUACGAGUGGAGCCUCAGACUGGAGGAGAUGGACGAGAGCGACGACGACCUCGACGAUAAGCCCAGUCCCAUCAAGAAGGACCGCUCCCCGAGGCCUCAGAGCUUCUGCCACUCCUCCAGCCUCUCCCCCCACGACAAGCUCUCCCUGCCGGGCUUCAUCAGCCAGCGGGACAAACAGCAGCGCCUGUCCUACAGCGCCUUCACCAACCAGAUGUACAGCGCCUCCACCGACCUCACCUCCUCCCCCGUGGCCGACGGGCCGCCGCUGCCACCCAGGAACCAGGGCAAAGCUCCACACUUGGCAUUCCUCGGCUCUCAUUCGCACUACGCCACACUGGCCGGCACCCGACCAUACAUCACUCCUCCCCCAUCUGGCCCUCCCUCCACACUCACACCGGGAGGCAGCUCCACGCUGUCCAAGAAGAGACCUCCGCCCCCACCUCCGGGACACAAACGCACCCUGUCUGACCCGCCCAGCCCGCUCUUUCACAGUCCACACAGUAAAGGGGGCUUGACUGGGGGAAGCGACUCCACCCCUCCUCCUGUCAACAAGAUGUCUCCUAUUUCUAACAAGUUUGAAGGAAUUCCUCAGCAGCAAAGCACUACUUCGAGCAACACAAAGUCUACACUUGGUCCACGGGUCCUUCCCAAACUACCUCAGAAAGUGGCAUUGCGGAAGAUCGACACCAUCCACCCGUCGAUGGACAAGCCCAACCUCCCUCCAGAGGUUUUCCAGAAGUCCCCGCCGGCGUCCGACCCCCCGCAGAAGGCUCCUCCGGCCGACAGGCCUCAGCCGGGGGACCUGCCCCCCAAACCGCAGCCGUCUGAACUCCCUCCGAAACCCGGAGAACUUCCUCCGAAGCCGCAGCUCUCCGACCUCCCUCCUAAACCUCAGCUGGGCGACCUCCCGCCCAAACCGCAGCUCAAAGACCUGCCCCCCAAGCCUCAUCUCGCCGACAUCCCCCCGAAACCCGGGACGGCCGAGUCCGCUCCGAGGGCGCCGCCCGGCGACACGGUGCAAAGGCCUCAGACGCAGCCCCCGCCUCCGCCUCAGCCUCAGCCUCAACCUCCGCCUCCAGACUCCCCGUCACCCAAUCAGCAAGCCCACGUGGGGACCCCCACCCAGCCAGCCGCCGAGGACACCAACGGGACCAUGGCGGGGACCGCGGAAACACCGGUGCCCCUCCCUAGGAAGAUUAACACGGGGAAGAGCAAAACCCGUCGGGUGAAGACGAUCUACGACUGCCAGGCUGACAACGACGACGAGCUGACUUUCGUUGAAGGAGAGGUGAUUAUAGUAACGGGAGAAGAGGACCAGGAGUGGUGGAUCGGGCACGUUGAAGGAGAACCGGACAGAAAAGGGGUGUUCCCCAUGUCUUUUGUGCACAUCCUGAGUGACUGACCGUCAGAGAGAGACUUGCACUACGCCUCUCCCUAAAUUGGAAGGUUGUGUAAAUAGCCGUCACAACACCUCUUGUCACACGGCAAGUGUCCUAAAAAGAAGAAGAAAAACCAACAACAACAAGGCUCCUCCAUGCUGUACAAAGAAUGUGUGUAUUCUUCCUUUACCAGUAUUAUCUUAACCUUAUAGCACGGCUGUGACAAAGCCACUCUCAAAACCCUAGCACUUACCUAAAGUCUAUGUUAAUGCUGUUACUGUGUAUAUAUGUAUGUAAAUAUAUAUAUUUGUGUGUGAGUGUAUAAACAUGUUUUAUUGUACAAAACAUGUACCAUUGCUCUCUACCGGUCCAAUUAUGCGCCAGACUUUGAAUCUCAUCUGGACCCCAAGUAAUUAUCGGCUUACGUUUCUGGAAAAAGGACAAGUGAGAAUUGGAAUGUGAAAUAGGUCAUGUCACUAUUUGUCUCUCGCAUCCCUGUUUACCACCGAAGAGGCUGGAAUCUCCCACUAAGAUGAAAACAUUAAAUGUACUCCCUGUUCUUGCUUUGUGUGUACACGUAUUAUGGUUGUUUUACAGUAUAGAAACCUGCUGCUACUGUGGUGGAAUAUCAGCCCGUGUUCACUGUAGGUCACUGAUUGUUACACUGUAUGCAGCUCUGAACUUGACGCCAUCGCCAGUCCUUUGACCCUCUGUGCGUGGUGUAACAAUGACUGGAAUCGAGUGCUGGGUUUGAAGAGCCACUAUGAGGCAGGUCUACGUUAAAUAAGGGAUCCUGUUGAAGCCACUAUGACAAAGUACAGGAAACUCAAGGAUGCAAUAACUUGAUUUUCUGACUGGCUAGAAGUGUCCUGUUAGUCUUGUAGAAAAGCUUUACAAUUUCUUUUGAGUCAUGUAUCUCAACGUUACUGGAUCCUGUACAUUUCCAGGUUCGCUUAUGAACCAGAGGUCUUUUGGGAGGCUGGAGCGCCGAUGUAUUUCCACUUAAUCCUCCCUGACUUGCAGUCCCUUCUUCCCCAUGUUAGCAAACGAACCCAUCAAAUCAUUAAAGUGCUGUACGUACUCUG